CUCAGAGAACAGAUUUCUCAACUUAGAAAUAUGAAACAGAAUGUCCCAGAGAGCUCAUGUGGGCAAUGACUCACAACUUUUAGUUCAUAUUUAUUCUCUGACAUUUGUUUAUUCUCUGCUGUUUGUGCCACAUUGAUUAUUUAUUUAUUUUAGUUUUUGCAUGCAUAGUGUUCCUGUGGCUCAGUGGUAGAGCAUUGCGUUAGCAGCAUAAAAGGUCGUGGGUUCAAUUCCCAGGGAACACACAUACUGAUAAAAAAUGUAUAGCCUGAAUGCACUGUAAGUCGCAUUGGAUAAAAACAUCUGCUAAAUGUAUAAAUGUAAAUGUAAUGCAUGCACUCUCCUAAGUUGUAUUCAGUGUUGGAAAGGUUACUUUGGAAAUGUAAUAGAUUACAAGUUACCCUAUUUAAAAUGUAAUAAGUAGUGUAAUUAUUUAAUGCACUUUAUUAAAAUCUAAUGUAACUGAUUACAUGUGAUUACGUUUUGAUUAUUUUUAACUAACUGUUAAUUAUUUUCAGACAUUUAAAGCAAGAAGGGUUAACCUUACAGCACUUAACACUGAUUACUGUCAGAUUUUCACAAUCCUUUAUCACAACAGUAUGAAGAGAAAACUGGCAACAAGGACAUCAUCGCUCUCUAGUGUCCAAAGCAAAAAAGGAAAGAAAAAAAAUCACAUUUUACACAAUAGAGGGCACUAUAAGUAGAUGUUGCGGUUUUCAUAAUUACUGCAGUUUAUAAUAAUAAUAUAUAAUAAUAAUAACAACAACAACAACAACAAACUCAAUUAAACACAGAUUACUUCAGUUUAUUGGAAUAAAUUAUCUUUAUACUGUCAUUUAUUUUCAAGUGGCGCCAUCUGGUGUGUUUUAAAUAACAGCAGCUAAACAGCAUAACAGCAACAGGUGACUGCAAGUGUCAUGUGACGUAACACAUAAUGUGAAAAUUGUGUCACCAAACUUUGCUGUCACUUGAUGUGCAUGUGAAGUUGACAGAGAUGAUCUUCAUUAUGUUUUAAUGCUAAGUCAAAGCUCACUUUUUCAUUUAUUGGAUUGAUUUAAAACUGUAUUGUAUGUUUUCGAAUGAAAAUGCAGUGAAUGACUAAAUUAUAGUCACCAGUGAUAGAAACACUGAAGAUCCUAAAGUUGAUGGUAUCUUUAAUUGUUAAAAUCCAGACACUUGAAAUUAAAGUGCUGUGAAAUAGUUGUUUUUUAAAAGCUGGUUUUGGGUACGAGUCUAUAAUCUACUGACAGCUUUAGUAAACAAAAUAGAUGUCUUCUGAUGAGAUCUAGUAAAAUAACUAAAUCCAAUAUUCCUAGAUGAGAGAUUAUAGUAGAUUUUUAUUAGAUAUAUACACCAAUGAACCAUUACAUUGGCCACCUAAUAACCUGCAGGACCGUAGCCAUGCGACGAUGCAUUGAUUCGUCGAGGCGGCAUCUCCUAUGUAUCUGGUACCAUAAUGUCAACAACUGGUCCUCCAGUUCCGUAUAUUGCAGGGUGGCAAUGUAGCGCAAUCCCCCUUUUACAAGUCGAACAACAUUGGGAUUGCGUCAGGUGAAUUUGGAGGCCAAGUCAUUGACUGAUAUUCACCAUCAUGUUCCUCAAAUCACUCCUUGAUAAUUCUGGCAGUGUGGCAUGACCCAUUAUCAUGUGGUAAAUUCUUAAUUUACUUUUAAUACUUUAUAUAUACUACUUUACAAUAAUAAUACUUUACUUUUUACACGUAAACGAGGGUCACCACCUGAUUUUUGUAUCCGCACAUAUUUUGUAUGGACAGGUCGCACAUGCACACUGAAUUUUUGCAGUAUUCAGUUGUUCCACAAGGUGGCAACACUGUCCUGGGCCGUUGUUUCACAGUAGAAAACAAAACUAAAGAGAGGGAACAACAACAAAAUAGCAGAGAAUGCAACAACAACAGACAGCUGCAUUGACAAACACUUGUGAGUGAGAGGGAAUGGGAUAGCCAAGCUUUGGUUUAAAAGUGUUCAAAAAUAUCUGUUAUCAGUCAUAAAUUAUGAGGAAAAAUAGAGCAGACACUGGACAUGGAUGAAGCUUUCAAAUGCGCCUGUGUCGACCGCCUGCGUUCACGCACAUCAUCAAAUGGAGUACACUUAGAUUAUAGAUUUUGAGGCCUAAAGUGACCCAAGAAAACAUCGCCCCCCAGCAUAACACUGCCACUGAUGCUGGCCUGUGUCCACACAACAGUGCAUAUAGCCUCUGACGGUAAUCAGCGUUGAAAUCUUGAUUCAUCAGACCAGGCCACUUUCUUCCAAUCUCGAUGAUCUUGGGCCCAUUUCAUGUGUUGCUGGCGAUGGCGUGAAGUUAGUAAGAACUGGACCCUAUAGUAUAGUAGUUUAGUAAAGUGUGACAGAUGAUUUUGCUAUUGUUUUUAACAGUUUCUAAUGUUUUUUUUCUCUCUCCAGGAGAUUAAAGAAAUUUACAACGCUGUAAAUAGUAACAGCACAGGAAGAAACUUGUCACCUACAAAUGAAACAUUCAUGCUCUGAAUGCCCAUCACUGACAUGUGUUUGUCCACCCAAUGGAUAGAAUAUUAACCACAGCUGGUUUCAGUUUGACUCAGAAGAUAAACCUCAGUAAAGCCGGUACUGCGAGAUCGUAACACGGUUUUAAAUUUGUAUUCUGGGUUUUUCCAUUCACUAAAAUUUAGAAUAUAUUUAUACAUAAUUUUAAAAUCACUAUAUGUUCACCAUGAAAUGUAGUUCAUCCACAAUUCACACAAUAAUGUUCUACUUGUAGCCAUUUCACACAGUCAGGUAACUACACUCAGAAGAAAAGCUGUCACUGAGGCAGUUAUAUGAACCCUUCUAAUUUGAACACUUACCUUUUGAUAAAAAAAAAAUCAAUAAUAUUUUUUAUCCAUUAAAACCAGUAAAAAUCUUAAUAAGGGCUAGAUGAAGUAUAACAUUAUAUCAUAUGCAAAUGCAGGAUGUGAACUAGGAGGGUCAAACGCUGUCAGAGGAGGAUUCACACAACACUUCAACAGUUCUGCUGUUAGAUCACACACUGAAGUGCUGAAGAAAAUGUUUCACGAGUUUGUCUUGUUCUGUUUGUGCUGCUGGAGUCUGACUGGUGUGUUUGGUGAUUCAGUGUCAGUGAUGGAGGGAGAUUCUGUCACUUUAAACACUGAUGUUACUGAAAUACCUGAAGGCGACAACAUAGUGUGGAAAUAUGGAGCUGAAAAGUCUCUAAUUGCUAGAAUGAACAAAAAGAAGCAAGACUUCUCAUCUGAUGUUCUUGAUGGGAGAUUCAGAGACAGACUGAAGCUGGACAAUCAAACUGGAUCUCUGACCAUCACAAACAUCACAACUCAACACGCUGGAUGUUAUGAACUACUGAUAAGUGGAGCAAAAAGAACAUCAAAAACAUUCAACGUUUCUGUCUACGGUGAGAAGAAAUCAUUUGUCAAAAUGUUCACAUAUUCUACUUACAUAGUCAAAUAUUUAUUUAUUUUAUAUUUUGAGAUGACAGACACAUUCAGUGACCGUCGACACACUAAACACUCACUCAACACUAAAUCUACAGAUUCACUACAAUUCACAAUGUUGAAAAUGAGACAAUUAUGUUCAUAUUCCUCUUAUUCUCUGAUGUUUCCAGCUCGUCUACUUGUUCCUGUCAUCAGCAGUAACUCUUCACAAUGUUCUUCAUCUUCAUCAUCGCAGCAGAAUUGUUCAUUGUUGUGUUCAGUGGUGAAUGUGAGUCAUGUGACUCUCUCCUGGUACAAAGGAAACAGUUUAUUGUCCAGCAUCAGUGUGUCUGAUCUCAGCAUCAGUCUCUCUCUACCUCUGGAGGUGGAAUAUCAGGAUAACAACACCUACAGCUGUGUGCUCAACAAUCCCAUCAGCAACCAGACCACACAUCUGGACAUCAGUCAACUCUGUCACACAUGUUCAGAUUCAGUUUCUCUGAUAGUGUUGAUUUCUGCUGCUGCUGGAUCUCUGUUGAUUGUCGCUGCAGUCGUGAUCUUCUGCAUGUGCUGGAAACACAGAAAAACUGAUCAAAAAGUUGAGACUUGUGAAGAAGAGAUCACUUACGCCGAGACGACAUUCUACAAAAGAAGCACACAGAAAUCGGCAAGACAAUUUAUUGUUAAUAUGUUGAGUAUUUGUAUAAUUGGUAACACUUUACAAUAGGGUGUUAUUGUGAACAUUAGUUAAUGUAUUGACUAACUUGAACAAACAAUGAACAAUACAUUUACAGUAUUUACUAAUCUUUGUUAACGUUAGUUAAUAAAAAGUACAGUUGUUCACUGUUAGUUCACAGUGCAUUAACUUAAACACAACUUUUGAUUUUAAUAAUGCAUUAGUAAAUGUUUAAUUUAAUAUAAUAUUGAAAAGUAUGAGAUUAAACAUUCAAAAUCAUAACUUAAAAAGUUCUCAUACACAAAGUUUAAAUAAUGAGAUUAACAAGUUAAAAUUCUAAUUGAAAAUGUUGAAAUUAUGACAUACUAAUUUUAACUUGCAUAUAUCAUUAUCUGACUUGUUAUAUUUUGUAAUUUUUAAUCACAUAAUUUUGACUUUGUAUGCCAUUUUUUAUUGUGAUUUACCAGAGCAUUUUUUUUUCUUAUUGACACAAUAACUACUUUUUGUUGGGCAAUGUAUUGUCCCAGAAAUAACUGUGGUAUUAUUGCCAUUUUAAGACCACUUUAUGCCACUAAAUAUAUAAUGAUAAUAUAACAGCAUAAUAAUGCAAGUAGUGCAAGCAUAAUUUUGCAUGCAAAAGACUGUCAAACACAUCCAUCUAAUGCACGUUUACAUAAAAAAAAAAAACAUUUAAAAAUAAAUAAAUAAAUAAAUAAUCAGCACAAGCGGAAUGCAAAAAUGCAUUCUCUCCUUUGUGAAAGUCCCUUUACGCUGGCUGUGAGAGAGCACCAUUUUGCGUUGUUACAUAUGUACCAGGUCCAGAACUGUGAAUUGUGGCUUUGAGUCGAUUCAGACUUCCAUACUGGAGUCUGGAGAUGUAAGGAAAACACUGUAGGGCCUCAAAUGUUGCCUUCUUUUAACCUGUCCGCAUUUUACAUAUAUUGUGCAAUAACUCAAUAUAUUGAUUAUUGCAACAGGUAUAAGGCAGUAAUGAGCUUUCAUAGCAUAAUAAUCUACCACACAAACGCACCAUGUGCUUAUAAAAGACUUGGUACUUUUUGGUACACCAAAAAAAAAAAAACACAUUGCUUUUAGUAUUAAUAUUGUUGUUAUUGUUAUCAUUAUUAUUAUUGUAUAUUGUGUCAUAUAUAUAUAUAUAUAUAUAUAUA